CAAAGCAAAAGCCGAAAUUAAAAGAAACUUUUGCGUUUUUUCAAUUAAUCCUGGUUUGGUUUAGCUAGAAUAAUGUCGAAUAAGACUAAGAAAAGCACCGGUGGCAACGGAGGAACGCCAAAACAAACCCGCCAGCACUCUCAUGAUUCGCAGGAUUACAGCUCCUUCAAGACAGUGCAAUUCUACUGCAUGCUUAUCGUUUUUCUGCCCGUUCUGACCUUUUUUGCCCCCAAAGGCUUCGUUCUGGACCGAUUCCUGGACAUUCCAGAAGUAAAAAUUAAUAUUGCUUCUGCCGUGGGAGCGGUCGUUGCAUUGCACAUCGCUCUGGGACUUUAUAUUUACAGAGCCUACUUCGGAGCUUGUGAGGUAACCCUCACAAGGGCCUCCCCCCUACCCGCAGGUUCAGAUGUAACAUUCCUGAUCUACGCGGAUUCGGCUCUGUACAUCUAA